GAAAGAAAAAUCACUUUCCGGAUCAAGAUUCUCUAAUGAAAUUGUAUCUGAUUUAGAAGAUGUCGUUUUAUGCGAACUCGGUGCUGGCAGCUCUACCAAGACAACAAUUUUAUUGUCGGCCUUGGUGAAAAGAAACACAACAGUGACAUUUAUUCCUAUAGAUCAGGCUAAAGGGGACAAUGACAGAUUAUUGGUUGGUAUUGACAUCACGCAAGACAAAGAGGAAGUGGUCACCAUGUACAGCCAUGUUCAAACAUGGGCACCAUUCAACUUUAAUGUCCUGACCAGAUUGAAUCGAGAAUUCGGAGCGGAUUUUAAACAUGCAAACUUCGUUAUGUACACAAAUUAUGUUGUUAGUGAUGAUAAGGAUGGUAUUGUCGAAAGCCCGCAGUAUGUCCAACACGCUCUCAAAAGUACGUGUCAACAUCACGUUCGUGUAGAUGAUAUGGAUGAAAUACUCCAUUUUGAAGAGGGGGAGUUGUUUUAUUGUAAUGAGUUAGAGCAUCUGAGUUUAAAAUGGAACUGGAAACAGUUUGCAGACACAAUGAAGAAAGGAGGAUUACACAUUGAAAAGACUUGGAGCGACAGUGGAAACAAGUUUGGGUUAGCUCGAUUGAGAAAAAUAAACUUAUUUAAUACUAUUUAGAAUUUCUGAAUAGCGAAGCUAGAACGCCAGAAGUCAUUAAAUAAAAUUUUGUAAAGUUAGUGUUUGGUAGAUCGACCAGUGCAAUAUUGAUCAUAUUUACCAUUGUUGGAAAUAUAUACUGUAUUAUUAUUCAUGUAUGCAG